AUGUCCACCACAUCCCUCGACCUCGACCUCAGUCUCGGAUUUGGCGAACCAAUCAUCUGUCUCAAUACCUCCUGCAAUUACCCUUUCGGACGAAUCUGCUCCGAAUGCGCAAACGAACUCGAUUCUCGAGCACGAGCACGAGCACGAGCACAAUCGAAAAGUCACCCCGAUUCCAACAACAGAAAUCCCACAGUUCAGCCUGCGCUAUCAAGAAGCACAACCAUGCACUCUCGCAGUCACGAUAUCCGCACCCGCGUCGCGGAUCUCGUAGAGGAUCUCCAGGAGAUUUUCGCUUUUAUACCCGCCGCAGCUGCAGUACCCACCGCCGCUCCCGCGAUCCCCCAACUUCCUAGUAAGUUAACCAUGCAGAAUCUUCAGAUUCUGGAUGUCACUCCCUCCCCUUUACAAAUUCUCUCUCCCCCGCAUUCACUCCCUCCCUUCUCUAAUCUCCCCUCUCUAUCCCGAUCCACAUUCAACUCCUCCGACUCCAUCCCCGCUCCUCUCAAUCCACUCAAUUCCUUCGUUCUUAACUUCUGGCUCAAUGAUAUCGUUCUCCGUACACUCGAAGGGCAAGUCCUCGCUCCAGCAUUUACUGGUGGUGCGGAGGAAAAAGAUGAAUUGGAAGCUAUGUGUCCGUAUUGCGAUGCUUCGAUGGGAGAGGGGGCGUGGAGAGAAUUGCAUCUGAUUAAUUUUCGGUAUGCGCAUAUUGAGGCGGAGAAGCUGGAGAUUGUGAGGGAGAAGGUGUUGGAGAGGGUGAGAGGGUGGUGA